GGCCUCCGUUGCCCUGGCGACGCGCCGUAAAUGAAAGCUGCUUGCGCGCCCGACGUCAGCGUGACGUCGCACUCGGAAAAGUUCGGCUACUCUCGUUGACCAAAUAUGGGCAGCGCUCCGGAGGGGAGGUACCGCGGCGACGGCAUGCGACUUUCGGGGGUUCGUUGGGGCACUUGCCGGUUCCCCACGAACCCAGAACCUCGGGGACGCCUAGCUGCGGCCGAAAAGCCGCGCCUGACACGGCCGCGCCGAGCCCAGGCCCCGGGCAGCAACGCGGCCCGACGUUUUGCCAUCAGAAGGUGGCGCAGUGAAUGAAGCCGACGUCACGGCGACGUCAGGCACGGAACGCGCUCCCAUUGGUCGGAGCGGGUUCCGGCUCGCCAAAUAAGGCAGCGGGGCGCCCUGGGGCCCAUUCAUACGGCAGCGGGUGUCCCCAAGCGCGUACGUCGCUGCCACACGGAUGGGGAGUCCCUAGCCGUCAUGACGAUGGACGGCCUGGACACGCUGUCUCGCGACUGCCUACAGUUUAACCUCAGCUUCGAAUCGUUCAAGGCGACCGGCGCCGGAGGCCUGGCCGCUCCCGAGGGGUCCGACGACCCCCUGAACACGCCCGUGUCCACUACCGCCGAGCUGAUCACCUUCUUCGCCACCGAUGCCGUCAUCCCGGACCCCGUGCCCAUCUCAGCCGAGGCCUCCCUGCCGGACAAGGGGGACCCCUACGGCAGGCUCGCGUACCGGGGCACCUUCACAACCGCCUGGCCCGGACCAGCAGACGCCGGGCCCUUCUUCGAGCAGCCCGAGCUGCAGCCCUUCCCUCCCCUUGAGGGCUCCUUCAAGGCGCCGUACGCGGAUCCCGAGCCCCCCGCCAAGUACCCCUGGUUCUCGACUAGCUACGAGCCUCCGGCGGCCAAGCCCGAGGAGCCCGACCGGUCGACGGCCACCCUCGCCGAGUACAACCAAGCCACCAGCAAGGGCCACGAGAUCCUUAGCCAGGCGUACCAGAACAGCCCGGUGCCGCUGAAGCUGGUGCCGGUCAAGCCGCGCAAGUACCCCAACCGACCGAGCAAGACGCCCGUGCACGAGCGGCCGUACGCCUGCCCGAUCGAGGGCUGCGACCGGCGGUUCUCGCGCUCGGACGAGCUCACCCGGCACAUCCGCAUCCACACGGGCCAGAAGCCCUUUCAGUGCCGCAUCUGCAUGCGCUCCUUCUCGCGCUCCGACCACCUAACCACGCACAUUCGGACUCACACGGGCGAGAAGCCCUUCACCUGCGACGCGUGUGGCAGGAAGUUCGCGCGCUCUGACGAGCGCAAGCGCCACGCCAAGGUCCACCUCAAGCACCGGCUCAAGAAGGAGGACCACCAGUGAGCCCCCACCCCUGUACAUAGUGCUCUGUACAUAGAAGCCAUCUUCACGCGCAAAAUAAACCCGUUCCAGUGGUCACCUGGACAACGCACUCCCA